CUUGUGAGUCAGCUGUUUGACAGGUACUCUUCCUCUCCGUUUCAAAAGUCUUCUCUUUUUCAGUGUUAAAGGAGGAAAGGGGCUUGUUAAUCCGGAAAUUUUGGUGACGCCUGUUGUGUCUUGCAAUCAACAUAUGUGUGACUGAGAACCUCAUGAUUGUCUCACGAGGGGUGGUGUUCAGGGCAGGUGGACGACAGUUGUCUAGAGUGCUCGGUGGGGCUAGACCAACAGAACAAAUUACUGAACCAGGCAAAAGCUCUGCCAUUCGACUCAAGUCUUCCGGACCUUCUGACUCAGGUUUUUGCCAGUUUACUGCAGGAAUCAUGCCAGAGACUGUGCCUAUGUAUCAAACUUUGGAGAAACUGGGCCUGCUGAAUGCUGCCCACGUGCGGAUAAAGGACCUGGCGCGUGUAGAGGAACUGGUCUCCUCUCUUGCGUCAAGUGGAUUCUCGAAGCUUCAGCUGGUGGUGGACUAUGACUUCACUCUGACGCGGGUUCAUUACGAGGGUCAGCGCUGUCACUGCUCCUGGGGCAUUAUGGACAACAGCAGCCUUAUGCCAUCCUUUUAUCGGGAAGAGGCUAAUAAGCUCCUGGCCAAGUAUUACCCCAUUGAAAUUGACCCAAAGAUGUCGGAGGAAGAGAAGAUUCCGUACAUGAUCGAAUGGUACAGUCAGAUCCAUGAGUUGAUCAUUAAGUGCAAGGUCAGCCAGAAGUCUCUUGAGGAGAUGGUCACCAGGAGUAAUGCAAGAUUAAGAGAUGGAACUCGAGAUCUGUGCAAAAAGCUUCAUGAGAAGGAUGUUCCAGUCCUGGUUUUCUCAGCUGGAAUGGGUGACAUCUUGGAACAAGUAUUGCGACACUUUGAUGUAUAUACAGACAACAUUAAAGUGGUGUCAAAUUUCUUCAAGUACAAUGAGGAGGGAAUAGUUGUUGGUUUUGAAGGUGACUUGAUCCAUAUGUUCAACAAAAAUGAGAACGCCAUCCAUUCGUCAGACUAUUUUGAUAAGUUGACCGGGCGGAACAAUGUGAUCCUUCUAGGUGACUCUUUAGGUGAUAUUAAGAUGGCCGUUGGAGUUCCUCAGCCGAGUAAUGUAUUGAAGAUUGGCUUUCUGAAUGACAAGGUUGAAGAAAGACUGGAGGCCUACAUGAAUGGAUUCGAUAUUGUAUUGAUUGAUGACCAAACAAUGGAUGUAGUAAACUCCAUAGUAAGGAUUAUGGAGUAGUUAGGCCAGAUUAUUGGCUUCAAAGCAUUAAAAUUAGGUUGUCGGAUGUGCAAAAAGCAAGUUGUUAAGUGGUUAUGCAAAUGUCUUUAAUCAAAGGGAUCACAGAAGUUAUGUUUGCACACCCACAUCUGUACACAAAGCACCCUACUUCUACAUGUAUGGAUAAGCAUUUAUAAUUUUGGGUGUGGGGAUUUUAGCAUGAGUUUGAAUGAAAGCCAUAGAUGUUUUAGUGCAUUUUUUAAAACUCCUUAGUUAAUGGCCAUGUUCAUGAAAAGUGAGAAAAUGAGCAUUCAUUUGCAACCAGAUAUGUGUAUGAGGUAUUUUUUUGUGCUCAGUUGUCAGGCGUAACAUGACUUUCAAGUUGAUGUAACCUUCAAAUGGUGUAUUCCAAUUUUUAAUAUACAUAAAAUAGCAUCAUUUGGUUUUAAAGGUUAAUGUGUUCAAUGUGUCUAUAAGUAAUAUUCAGGUCAAGAUAUUUUAAUUUCCAAGAUCAGCUAUUAUUUUAAUAAUUUUUAAGAAAUUAAUAGCAAUAAAAUCAAAUUAUUUGUAACUUGGCUCUUGUUAAGUAUAAUCUGGACCAGUAAAAUAUUUGUAACAGAGAGUAUAAAAAUUACACUUUGUCCAAGUUGUUUUAAAAAAAUGCUUAUAUGUUGAUGCAUCUGUUCCUAAAUCUUUUAAAAUUACCGAAUUACAUCAAGAUAAUCAGUUUAAAAAAUAGCAAAGAAAAGUUCAACCUGUUGGGGACAAAUAUACAUGCAAAAUUCAAUGUAAUUUUCGUUUAUUAAUUUUGUUUACAUGCAAAUGGCUACACAAGAACUUGGUCAAAGGAAUCAGUCACUAAUCCUGUUAGCACGUUAACCCAUUUCCUGUGAUUAUCAGAAAUACUUAUUAGUUAUUUUUUAUUGCUAUUAUUAUUGUUGAUAACAUUAUAGUAUACAUAAAAUGUAAUGAUAAUGAUAAUAGUAACAAUAUUUAAAACAUUAGGGGGGAAAAAUUAAUCAGGUAAGUCUACUAAGUGACUCCUUUGGUGACAAAUUGCUUUUGGAGCCCUCUGUGUAAACAAAAUUAGUAGACUAAAACCAAAGUUAACAUGAUACCUAUAGUUGCCUUCUAAGGACCAAUAGGUAAAUUUAGGAUCAAUAAAAUUGAAUAGUCUACAGGAUAGCAUGACUCUUUUUAGAUUUUGUCAUGACUGCGUGUAUAAAGAAAGAAUUGUAUUUUAAGUGUGAGCGAGCAAACCCUCCUGAAAUCAUUCUUUACAGACAGAAUUAGUUGGUAGAAAAAUGUAUCCUGUUGUCCACCUCAACCUAAACCUGAAUGAUGUUACACAAGUUGUAGAAAAAAAAAAAACAUAAUGAUAGAAAUGGGUGAAAUUUCAAAUGCUUACAGAGGAUUCCCUUGUUAAAAUGUUUGUUAAAAUGUGGAAAUCAUAUAUGUGUAGUGUUGUGUACAUGAGCUAUUUUAUCUGCACUAUAAUAGACUUAUCUGUAAAGUUAAUACUUAAAAUUGGAAUAGGAGGUAACAGUAAAAAAAAAUUCUACCAGUAAUAAAUAACCACAAUGCUGUAAUACCUUAUUGUAAAAGAAAUAUUAUAUCUUAUUCAUUUAAAAGUAUUCCAUUAUGAUAAUGAGGUAUUUGUUUUCCAGCUGUACAACUACUUCAAGUAAGUCAUUUAACUACCCAGACAUUAAAUUAACUUCAUAAAACUAGUGUGGUAAAUAAAAUUUCGGAGAUUACAAACCACAACUAAAAUUCCUAAUUACAGAAAGUAUAUAACAGAAUGUGGAAUGUAAUAAAAAUUGAACCAAGACUAAAAUUGUUUUUGCAUAUUGCAGUCACUUGUCAUUUGGUUUAGGUGAAGCACUUGUGACCACCUACAUCUUAGUGGGAUGAUAGCUACUACUAUUCUUCCACUUUAGCAAUGGUAAUGUAUGUAGCAAGUUCAAGUAGAUCAACACAAUCACACCACAACAACUGAAUAGAUGGGAAAGUGAGAAUGUGGCUUUCAGUAGAAUACAAUUAUGCUUUCUUUUCUUUCUUUUUUAGUAGAUUAAAGAGUCUGUAUACAAACAAUAGCAUGUAUAAAAUCAUUAUCAUGGUAGGACGAAAUCAGUCCAACCAUUUGCCGCUGGGUAUGGAUAAACAACCCUUCCAGAUGCUAGCACCCUCAUGUGUAUGACAACUCACAGGCUUUGCACAGUAAUCAUUCAAAAUUCACUGGGCACUGUUCAAUCCUGUGCAUGAGGCCCUAGGGAUACAUAUGCAAUACCUGCUGAUUAUCAGACUGCAUCAAAUCAAUGUUGUUGAAAACAAUUCUGUAAUCAUGAUUUUUUUUUUUUUUUUUUUUUUUUUUGUGUAACAAAAAUUACAUUAUCUUACUAAUAAAUUUCCAGGAAUUUAUAUGUAUUACCACCAAGUGAUUUGUUUUUCUUUCUUUCUAUUUCAUGAAAUUCAUUUAGUAAAGCUAAUAAACAUGUAUCAAUAAAAGUGCAGUAUUAGCUAAGUUAUGUUCACUUUACAUAAAAGUAUGUUAUUCACAAACAGGUUGGAACAAAAGAUAAGAUAUGACUUUAGACCUAUUGGUAUUUUGACAAUAUUGAAACUUGCUUGUAAUACCAAAAUAAUUUUGGUGAUUAGUGUGGUGUAACUAAAAUAGUUUUGUUUACUUGAUAUUGCUGUCUACCAAGGAGUAAUUUUCCAAAAUGGGAGUGUCUAAAAUCUUGACCAGUCAAAAAUAUUUAUCUAGUAAUAGCUUCCAACUCAGUCUAUGUCUAAUGUAGGUUUGUUUCUUAUUCCAUUAAGGGGUUAAACAUAUUGCAAAUGAUAUUUUUUAACAAAUAUUGUUGUGUGUGUGUUGUGGAUAGAACACUUAACACUUAAAUAGAAACUCUUAACAGUUUUAUCAGAAUAAGAUCUUGUAAAAAUAGAAAUGUAAAUUUACCAGUUAAAAGCAGAGCACAAGCCAAUGCUCAAGUAGAUGUAGAUAGCCUAGUAAGCUUUUUCAUAUUUCCUUGCAUUUUAUACUUCUGAACUGGCUGGUUGAUGGAUGGAAAAUUUCAGUGAAUAUAGCAGAAAUAAAUGUAAAAGUUACUCUAGUCAGUGGUAAAGUUUGUUACCUAACUUGCAAGUGGUGAAAAUAUUUGAGCUCUUGUAUAUUUAGUUAAUACCUAAUGACUAUUUUUCAGAUAUUGUUACCAAUGGUUACCAAAGGAUAUACCUUCCUAAUAAUAUUUUAUAAAGUCCCUAAAAUUACAUUAAAAAAAAUUACUGCAUUAACUAGUUAACAAACAUGAACAGUAUACUUUUUUUUUCUGAACAUAGAUCUGAUUUAACACAGGUUAUGUAAAAAAUACAAAAGGACUGCUUGUAAAUAAUAUUAGUGCUCUUUUGUGCUUGGUUUAAUGUCUUAUUCCUUUACAAGGAUUUUUCCACAAUCUGUCUGUCAAUCUCUUGAAGGUAUGGUUAGUAGUCGUACAACUUCCACUUGACUGUUCAAAGUUAAAAUUUGCUUAUUUUUGUAAUAAAUUUUAUUGGAACAAAUACAUAUCAACAUUAAC